CCGGCUGCCGGUGCCCUCAGGUUGACGUUUUGCUGAGCUUCCCCGUGGCUGCUGUCAGACAAAGUCAAUAGGAAAUCCCGUGCUGCUCGCAAAUGGCCGCACCUUUGAAAGUAUGCAUUAUUGGCUCUGGAAAUUGGGGGUCUGCAAUUGCAAAAAUAGUUGGAAACAAUGUACAGAAGAUUCAGAAAUUUGCCACAACAGUCAAUAUGUGGGUCUUUGAAGAACUGGUUAAUGGAAGGAAGCUAACUGAAAUUCUAAACCAAGAACAUGAGAAUGUUAAAUAUCUGCCUGGAUACAAACUGCCUGAAAAUGUGGUUGCAAUUCCAGAUGUGAAGGAGGCUGUACGUGGUGCAGAUCUGUUAAUAUUUGUUGUACCCCAUCAAUUUAUCCGUAAACUGUGUGAUGAAAUAGUUGAUCAAGUGCCGCAGAAAGCUCUUGGCAUAAGUCUUAUAAAGGGGAUUGAUGAAGGGCCUGAAGGACUAAAAUUGAUCUCCGAUAUAAUCAGGGAGAAAAUGAAGAUUGAUGUUAGUGUUUUAAUGGGGGCCAAUAUAGCCAAUGAAGUUGCAGCAGAGAAGUUCUGUGAAACUACAAUUGGCAGCAAAAACGUGCAAAAUGGAAACCUUUUCAAAGAGCUUCUGCAGACAUCCAAUUUCCGGAUAAGUGUGGUGGAGGAUGCAGAUACUGUGGAACUAUGUGGAGCACUAAAGAACAUUGUUGCUGUUGGUGCUGGUUUCUGUGACGGUCUUUGCUGUGGAGAUAACACUAAAGCUGCAGUGAUUCGCCUGGGUCUAAUGGAAAUGAUCGCAUUUGCCAAACUCUUUUGCAAAGGAUCAGUGUCUGAGACAACUUUCUUGGAAAGUUGCGGGGUUGCAGAUGUUAUUACAACUUGCUACGGUGGACGAAACCGGAAGAUUGCAGAAGCUUUUGUAAAAACUGGAAAGACUAUUGAGCAGUUGGAACAGGAGAUGUUGAAUGGCCAGAAACUCCAGGGUCCUCAGACUUCAGUGGAAGUGCACCAGAUUCUCAAACAGAAGGGAAUAGUAGAUAAGUUCCCUUUGUUCACUGCAGUGUACCAAAUUUGCUAUGAAGGCAAGCCAGUGAAAGACUUGAUUGCCUGUCUGCAGAGUCACCCAGAACACAUGUAAAAUGCUGAAUUACUUAGUGCUCCUCUUGCAUGGGGCGAUUAUGAGAUAACCACGUGUGGAUCACCAUCUGGAAGAGAUCAUGCGUAACUAACUAUGAAGUAGACUGUAUGACACCAAUCGGUCAGAUCAGUAAGUGAGCCUGACUUUCAAUGGAGGUUCCAUUGUAUCGUCAGUUAACGUUUGCAAUGUUGUAAUUGAUUGAAAUAAAUUUACAGUUAAUGCCUUAGUGCGCAAGAGGCUUAAUGAGUGCCUGUUCAUGAUGGAAAUACAAUAGCAGCUGGAUUGCAUGCACAUUGACAUGAUAUUUGAAUAAGCAUUUGUGCAUCAAUUAAUUUAGUUCUUUAAAUGUUGAUCAAGAUGCUCAUGAAAGUCUGUUAUAACUAAUUAUAUUGCUCUAUUACAGAAGAAUGCCCAAUUCUUUUAAAAUUCUUACUAAAAGUUGAAUUUAUUAUUUUUAAUAUGAUUUUAUGAAAAUCCAUUAUCUUCGACAUUGUCUGUUUUAAGCAUGUGAUGUUUACUGUAAUUAAUUGCACACCUUGCUUCUUCUAGGUUUUAGCAGAGAAGUAAACAAAAUAUAAUAUAAAAAUCAAAUAGACUUUCUUAGAUCAAAGCAAUUUUCUUACUUAUUUUUCUUAAAGUGACAAUAGACUGUCUAUUCUUAAUGGUAGGUCUCUAGCUCUGAACCCGCAGUUUGAGUUCAAGCCCUAGUCUGGAGACCUGGGCACACAAUCUAAGAUGCCACUUCACUGCAGUACUGGGAGAAUGUUUGCGAAUACAACUAUAUUUCAAAAAUGUAAUUGGCUUUAAAGCACAUUGGGACAUUCUAAGUCAUGAACCAUGUUAUGUCAAUGUGAGCUAUGCUGUUUUUUCCACUUGGCAUUUCUGAGACUAUUGCCACACAGUAUUUUGUAUUGUUGGUAGACUCAGCUACUAGUCCAGCAUGCACUGUUCUUUUUAAUUAAUGGGUGUUCAGGGGAUAAUAUUGUGGGUGCCAACACAUACUGUUAUGUGUCUGCAAAACUGAAAGGAUAUUAACUGGGAGAUACUAAGAGCAUCUGCCUGAUCAUUAAUUUUAGAUCAGUACUACGAGAGGUCGUGACUCUUGCUAAGUUAGUCCUGAAUUUGUUCUUUGUACGUGAUACAGGAAAACAACAAAGAACAUUAUGUUCCUCCUCUUUAUGCAACAAAAGUGAAUUCCAGUAUGGGAUUGAAUUUCUGGCAGAUAGAAGUGUAGGUUCCUUGUACAAUCCAGAACUCCUAGAAAUGUGACAGAAGACAGACUCUUGCCUCUUUGAAAAUUUCAGAACCAAGCUGUGAGGUAGAUUUCUUGCUGCUGUAGAAGAGGAAGAUUUAGUCUUGUUGAUGACCAUUCUGAAAUGACUAUUGGCUGUCCAAGGUGCAUACCUCUCAGUUUGUAGCUCCAGAUUUUGCAAAGGACUGAGCAGGUUUCAGUUCCUUCAUUAGACCUCAAUAAAUGGGUAAUGUGAAGCUAAAUUGGGAUGAAUCUUGUGGUAUGAUAUUAUCUGGAGGUGGUGUACAAAGGUGAAAAAUGAUACAUUGGACUCUAAGAUUGGGUUUAAGGGAGGCAGACAUACCAUGCUGGAAGUUCAGAACCAGGUCAGUCUAUGUGGUGUACUUGGUAAAUUGAUACUUAAGUCAUGAGAGAUGGACAAUACUCCAGGACAGUAAUUGGGUCAACUCGAUUCACUAAUGGAAUCAUGACCUAACGUUGAGGGCUUAGGUACUUUUCGUUCAGUACAAGAUAGCAGUGCAAGCUAGAGUCCUAAUUACAACUCUGGCUGGACAAGCAAUGGGAAGCUUGCAGGUGGUGUAAGACAGUAGGGUGCAACCUUGAGCCGGUUAAAAUCCAGCACAUCCCACAUGUUUUGGGAAAUCUCUAUACCUUGACUCUGCCAACCUACAGUGAAACUCUUUUUGGUAUACUUUUGGUUUCUCUCAUUUACCUCCUUCCCUUUCUUCACUGUGUUCUUCCCUCCUUGUAUUUCAUCACGGACUAGUUUAGCCUCAUUCCGUAACCACAUUUUAAACUUGUUAAUCUUCUAUUCUCCACCUAAGUACUUUAGAGGUCAUUCUAUUUAUUUUCCUCUAUGUGCAUUUACUGUUCUAGAUUUAAAAAUAAUCUGUUCAUCUGAAAUAUAUUCUAGUCCUGAGGAAGAAAUUUUUGACCGGAAACAUUACUUUUGUUUUCUCUCAGAUGCUGUUUGUUAUGACCAUUUGAGUAUUUUCCAAACUUUGUUUUAAUGCAAUUUUAAUUCUCAGAUUUAUGACAUUUUAUUUUCCUCUCUGCACCUAAGGCACUCGACUUGGAUAGGUUGAAUGAGCAAUCCACACUGGACAAUCAAAAACUCUAUUUGUAUACAUUGCUCAUGAACUUGAAUUCAAAACUCAAGGCUAGUGAUAGGUUUUAAAUAGAAAGUCUGAAAUCUCAACUGACCAAUGAUGGGUUUUUUUAUAUACGUUAAGCAUCCAUCUGACCAAACAAAGAAAAUUACUCUGCUUUAUUCUCCAUUCACAUUUGGAAUGAAAUGAUUGGAAGUAAAUUGGAUCUCAUUACUGGUAUACAGGUAAGAAUUUUUAAAAUCCCAUCCCAUUCCUACCCUAUUAUAAAGGAUGAAGUUGACUUGGAGGUUGGGGUGGUGGAUGUCAAAUCUUGAAUGUCUGAAAAAUGACUCCAACAUGCCCACUUCUGGUUUUAAUGAGGCAGGAAGACCAGUCUGCUCAUGGGCAUGCAUUGACCAUUCCAAAGAUUUAGUUUUUAUUUUAAACUUCUCAGCGGCUGAUCGGCUUUCCUGAGAAGUACAGUUGGUAAAGAAAGGCAGGGGGUCUCCAUUCUCCCCACCACCUCCCUCAAACCCCAUCCACGAUCAAACAACACCCUUCAUGAUGUCCACCAGCCAGAGAAUUCUAUUUUGGGCUUUCAUUCCCCCUAGUCAUGCCCCGUAAUAUCAUUGACUGUCUGAUCCACAUCCCUUGACUCAUCACCUCCCUUCUCUCUGCUCUGAGGCUACAGCCCAGUGGCACAGGCUUUUCCAUCCAGCCAGACUGUCUGCCUACCUCUUCACCUGACUGGCUGCAGCUGGAAAACCAAGAUGAAAAUGUGGGUCUGCAGGAAACGUAAUCUUCCAGGUUUCCUGUAGAACCAACUCACUCUCACCUUCACGUCAUGGAAAGGCCACUGCAUUUGAAUUGGUAGUUGCAUAACACUGGUUUAUUUGGAAUAAAGAUUCUGGACUCUGAAAAUUAUUAUAAGUCACCCAAGUCACCCAACAGAAAUUAGACAGUUAGAUAAAUUUGCCCAGGUAACUUACCUACAUGGAUCUGCCAUGGACCUCCAAAUUUAUCCUCUUACUUUGAACAGGUGAGGGUGAGACUUUCUCAAACUGAUGAGAUGCCCCGCCCCCCCUCCCCGUGGAGGUAAUUUCUGCCAUCAUGUUAGAGUGUUGUAGAAGGUCUGCAACUAGUGCGCACGCACAUCUUCAGCUGAUCAUGUGGGCACAGUUGCCCUGCUGGUUUGGUGUCAGCAAACACUGCCCCUUUAAAAUGUAAAAAUGAGAGAAUUGCUGAUGCUAUAAAUCAGAGACAAAAAUAGAAAUUGCUUCAAAGGGUCACUUAACCCGAAACGUUUACUUUCUCUCAACUGAUGCUGCCAGACCCGCUGAGCUUUUCCAGCAAUUUCUAUUUUUUGUUUUUUAACAUAUUUUGUUCUGAGGCUAUCUUCAGGAGCUGACUGUAAUUUUAUCUCAUUCCCUGAGCAGGAGAAUAAGGGAGAAUAAACUCCAGGCUUAGAUGACAAAGAUGUACUUUACUCAAAACUCAGCUUGCAGGAGUGCUACUUUGUGCAUUACAAGAAUAACUUGUGGCUCCCUGGUAGAUUUGUUCCCUUGUUAAGUCUCACCACUACCGGCUACCCAGAAUUAGAUCAGAGAUAAAAUCAGCCCUGUAUUGUCCCUCAAUUUAAUGCACUGAUUUAGAAUGUUUGCAUUUCACACUAGAACAAUAGGUAUCUUGUUUACAUAGGGACAUCAAAUCACAAUACAUUUGCAGCUUUGAGUCAAGGCAUCUCUGCAACAAUCUGCUGGUGCUGUGGAAUUUGCUGGACUUAGUGUAGCGCAGGUUCCGCAGUACAUAACAGACAAAGAGCUAAUCUACUCUGGUGGGAGAUAAAAAUGCUAACAAUGCACAGUAAGGCUGUCAGUAUGUAAAGAGGACAAAAAAAGGGUUUUGAUUAACUGAUUGUACACACCAUUAGAGGAAGACAAGGAGAAUUACAAAGUAAAGCUAUGCUAAUUAUUGUGACCAAGUUUGAGUAGCUUGGAGACAUGUUUAAUUGCUGGGCAGAGGUGGAAAUUGUAAUUGGGGACUUGUGGCAGCAUGAUCACCCUUGGUGCCCUGUACAGGCCAGUUAAGGUAUUGAGGGAAUCCUCAUUGGAUUACUAAUUUAUAAAAUCCUUUCAUUUUGAUUUAGUACAAUCUUGGAGCAGCACGGUGACUGUGUGGUUAGCACUGCUGCCUUACAGCACCAGCAGGGAGCCAGGUUCGAUUCCAGUCUUGGCAACUGUCUGUGUGGAAUUUGCACAUUCUCCCUGUGUCU